CAGUUGGACCAACACUGCGGUUGUUUCUGUCAGGGUGGCGAUGGCAGGGGAAGUAAAAUGGUUAUGGAAGAGCACUACAACAGAAAGAUUCUUCGAGCCAUUCACAACGUGCUACCAACUUGGACUGUCCACUCGCGAACCUUUACUCGAGGACCACGUUGUUCAAGCACUGAGACACCUCUUUCGAAAGGUUCCCUCUUUGCGAGCGUGUUACGGGGAUCGAAAUGGCGAAAGGUGGUUGCGGGAAAUGUCAGAAGAGACCAUCGACUUUGAGGUGAUCCCAGACGCUACAAUAGAUGAUGAACUACACCAUGCAAUGCACAAUAUAAGCCUUAGCAACGACAAGGGCCCUUUGUGGGGCGCCAGACUCUUGCCUGGAGUGGCGGAAUUCAACGUGUCAGAGUUUCCUAACGUCAGUACAGUGUUUCUGGUUGUUAAUCACAGCAUAUCUGAUGGGACUUCUAACAUGAAGACUUGCGGUUUCUUUGUUCAGCUUCUUGAUGCUGUGAUCGCUGGAAAACCUAUUGAUGAUAAGGAACAGCUUGGAGUGUUCAUGUCGGAUGAAAAGACGCGGAAAGUAAUACAGGAACAAUUAGUCUUCCUGGAGGCUAACCCUGACCUGAUGCGUAAGACAAAGGAAGAAGUUCACGCUUACCAAAGUAUACGCUCUCUUGUGAAAUCGACUUAUAAAGGAGUGGGGGACAUCGUGGCAAAAACUCUAACGAUGACGAAAGAACUGGGUCCAGACGCCACAGCCUCCUUUGUCAAACGAUGUCGUUCUGAAGGUGUUACCGUCAACUCGGCUUUCACAGCUCUUGCCAACAUUGCCACGGUGGAAAUCCUGAACGAAGGGGGACUAGAGCAGGACACAUACACCAUCCGGGGCGACCACCUUCUUAACGCUCGUAGGUACUGGGGAGGGGACACCUCCCAUUACUUGGGUUGUCACGUUUUACCUCUAAAGCCUGUGCUUAUCGAAACGCCACGCAAUGUUGGCGAGAACUUCUGGGAUUUUGCGAGACUGACUCACCAGAAGCUCUCGAAGAAGAUCAAGGGCGUUACAGCACUGCAAGAGGAAGCCAUGAAACCCUACGUGCCAAAGAAUCCGGACUUCAACCCCCAAUACGAAUUUGAAUUUGUUUUAACCAACAUGGGAGACGUGACAGAAACAGUAACCGAAGGCGGCCACAACGUGAAUGUAAUUAACGUUAUCAGGUCUGUUUGCAUACAAACUGCUCCCAUUGCCUUUAAUAGUUUCAUUCAUAGUUUCCGUGGGCGCUUUAUGCACACCCUUGUCUACAACUCUUCAUUCCUUAACCAUAAAAUGGCAAAAGACUAUUGUGAGAAGAUUUUUAACCAUAUUCAAAAUCAUCUUUGAAAUGUUUGUCUAAUCUACAUAUCAGUGGAAGUAUAUACCAGAAUAACGAUAUAAAAACGCCUAGCAGUAAAACUGAUAUGAAUUACAACGUUGCUUAUAGGAAACAUGUAUCUAAUCUGUUUAUUACAAUAGAUAGGGCGGGGGGGGGGGGGGGUAAGUUUCGUCACCAAUCCUGGGUACCACAGGGGUUGCAUAAUUAAGCUUCUAGUGUAUAUUGAUAAGGGAUGUAUUAGCUGCAUAUCUUUAAUAACAACGUAUAUUUUGAUGUUAUAAUUCCAGGAAGUUAUGAAUGUUUUUCUGUAAUGCUAUACAUUAUAAUUAAAUAUUGCCAAGUACAGUAAAGAAAUGUUUCUAAUAUAUGUGUUGCGUUUCUAAAACCAAAACUUACCAAAUACAUGAAAAACUAACAAGUCGAAUGCAACAUGUACUUCAAAUGCA